GUGGCCAUGGCGCGACCAACCGAGCGAGACCGCCUGGAGCUCAGCCCCUGUCCUGGGGGCUGGGCGCGGCGGAGGUGGCCGAGGCGGUCGAGGCCCAGGAGGUUGCCGCCGUGGCCAGUCGCAAGGGCGACGCCGAAAGGAUGAGCGACUUCCGAAGUGGCACGUCCGAUGGCAAGUCCAGCGCCUCUGCCUCCAUCGAGGAUAUGGAGUCAGGCAUCUCCCUCGCUGAGCGUCUUGGCGACAAGGAGACGGCAGCCAAGUGCCGCGAGCAGCCGGAGUCCCAAGGUGUGCAGCACAUCCAGAGUUCCCUCCAGGAAGCGGACGCCGAGUGCGCCGUGGUGGUCGCUUCGCAGGCAGUUUCGGUCAAGAACUCGAACGACGCCGCGGGCCUGCCCAAGAAGGUGCCGCUCGCCUCGGUGGUUGAUGGUGAGUGCGGCGUCACGAACCCCAUCGACUUUGAGGGCUUCUUCAAUGUCGGCGACGAGUUGGAGCUGUCCAAGGAGGACAUCGCCGAGAUGGAGACGCGGAAGGAGCAGCUUCGCACGCAGAUGCAGGCAUCCACGACUGGCCUCUUCCAGUCCGCGAUGGAAGAGGUACGCCAGGUGGAGAUCCAGGAGGUCAGGCAGCUGCCGCGGCUGCGAGGUGAGGACGAGGGGCCGGGGAAGCACGGGGCCCAGCCCCCCGCUUGCGGCAACAAAGUCAGGGCGCGGCCCCUGACGAGCUUCCAGGUCUCCAUGGGUGUGGGCCCUGGUGGGUCCGAAGGCGACGACGGCCAGUCAGUCACCUCGGCCUCGAGCCAGCCUGUCUCUUUUUUUGAAAUGAACGGGGGCGCGUGCUGCCCGGCGCCUGUUCUCUCCGCAGUUUUCCAGCCCGACCCGCCCUCCGAGCUUCGCCGCGCGGUGGCGGAAGAAGGUGCGCGCAGAUCGCUCUGCCUCGAGACCUGCAGCUGCGCCUCGCUCGUCCGGCUGAGUUGCGGGCGUGCGGUCUGGGGGCGAGCGCGAGCCGCCGAGUUUGGGGGCCUGGUCGGCAUUGGAACGGGAGCGGUCCUGGUGGGCCUGGCGAAAGCCGGCGCAAAGGGCUUGCACUUCGUCAUUUCCAAAGAUAAGGGUUUGAUGAUCGCUGCUGACAGCGCGGUGGGGGAGGAAAUUAUGGCGUGUAUCGAGGACUGGAAGUUCCGAAUGGCGGGGGCUACUUGGAACUUCGGGGUGGAUUUUUCAAUGAAGCAGCGCAAUCGGUGCCUCCAGGUUCAGAAGGAGCGCAUGGGGAGUUUGAAGCCGUGGGUCAUGCGUUUUCGAGGGCCCCGCUCUUCCUUUAAGGGAGCCACGGGGGUGGUCAAGACUGGAGAUCUGCCGUUCCUCGCGUAUGGGAGUAGCGUUAUAGGCAUUGCUGACGCUAGGCUGAAGCAGAUGCGCUCGUUGCUUGGUCAGUCCGUCUUUGGCGCCCCCAAAGGCAGAUCCCGGGCCCUCGAGUAUCAGUUGAGCGGAGGUCGCGGGGAACUGCUGGAGCUGUUGCGUGCGCCCUCCGUCGCCUUGGCUGGGUGGUUCGAGGUUGCCGAGACGAGGUCACCCGGCGGGGUCGAGAGCGCAGCGCAGGCCAGUUGGCGGCCCGCCCACACGGGCAGAGCGCCGCGGAGGUGGGCCACCGGCCAGCCCGCG